UUUAUGCAGUUUUGGUCGGCAGCAUCUAACCCAUCAGGGUCUCAGAACCAAUGGCCCUACAAGAAGAAAAGGGUCAGCUAGAGGAAAGGAGGGGGAAGCUGACAGUCACGCUAGUCCUGGGUACUUUGGUGGCAACUAUUGGGUCGUCGUUCCAGUACGGAUACAAUGUGGCCUCCGUGAACUCUCCUACUCCAUUUAUGAAAGCAUUUUACAAUGAAACGUACUCUGUGCAUUAUAAGAAAGCCAUCAGUAAUAAUGUCAUGUCUGUGCUCUGGUCGCUCACGGUGUCCUUGUACCCACUGGGAGGAUUUUUUGGCUCCUUAAUGGUGGGCCCUCUGGUGAACAAAAUUGGCAGGAGAGGUACACUCCUCUUGAACAACAUUUUCUCCAUUGUCCCAGCUAUCUUGAUGGGGACCAGUGUUGUGGCGCAAACCUUUGAAAUUAUCAUAGUUUCUCGGUUUUUGAUCGGUAUCUGUGCAGGUCUAUCCUCCAAUGUCGUCCCUAUGUACGUGGGAGAGAUGUCACCCAAAAAUCUUCGAGGAGGCAUCGGAGUGAUGCCCCAGCUAAUGAUUACUGUUGGUAUCCUUAUGGCACAGAUAUUUGGAAUUCGAUUCAUCCUUGGAAAUACGGACGGUUGGCCAAUAUUGUUGGCGUUGACUGGUAUCCCUGCUGUGCUAGAAUUAGUCUUUCUACCCUUCUUCCCAGAGAGUCCAAGGUACACCUUGCUUAACAAGGGUAAUGAAGACAAGGCCAAGCGAGCCCUGCAAAAAUUGAGAGGGUGGGAAGAUGUUGAUGGUGAAAUAAAAGAGAUGUAUCUUGAGGAUCAAUCGGAGAAAGAAGAAGGAGAGCUAUCCGUGAAGAACCUGUGCACCUUCCGUCCCCUACGUUGGCAACUCAUCAUUAUAAUUGUCUUGAACAUGGGACAACAGCUGUCUGGGAUAAAUGCGGUUUAUUACUAUGCAGACAGUAUAUACGCAGAGGCUGGGCUUGAUGAUGAAACCAUCCAGUAUGUAACUGUGGGAACAGGAUCGGUCAAUGUGCUCAUGACCGUGGCCGCGGUUUUCAUUGUUGAUUCCUGGGGAAGGAAAGCGUUGCUGCUUGUCGGGUUUGGAACUUGCUGUGUGGGCUGCGUUGUUCUAACGAUCGCUCUUGUUUACCAGUCAACUGUAUCGUGGAUGCCUUACCUGAGCAUUGUCUGCAUCAUUGUCUAUGUGAUUGGUCAUGCCACGGGACCCAGUCCGGUCCCCACCAUAAUCACAACUGAGAUGUUCCGUCAAGCCUCCCGUCCAGCAGCCUUCAUGGUGGCCGGCACCGCGCACUGGUUGUCAAACUUCAUUGUUGGUCUAAUCUUCGAAUUCCUCAUGAAAGGAUUGGGCUCCUACUCUUUCAUCCUUUUUGCAGCCAUCUGCCUCGCUACCUUUAUUUUCAUUUAUAUUUUCGUCCCGGAAACCAAAGGCAAAUCCUUCCUGGAGAUUAGCCAGAUAAUGGCAAAAAGGAACGGACUUGAAGAGAGAGCAGACUCAAAGGAAUUUCUAGACAUUCACCCACUGUCCAGUGGAAUUCCAUUGGAAAAGAAAGACUUAACUUCUGGAGAAAUUCCGUUGGAAAAAAUGGAUAACUUGACCAAUGAAACAACUUUGGAAAAAAAGGACCUCGCUACACCAUUGUAAUCAACUUGUUGCCAUAUUAACCUCAUCACUGACAUACAAGACACGGGGAGCUACUGUUCCUUCAUCUGCUAUGAAGAAUGACAUCGAUGGCAGAAACAUUGCCCCUAGCAGCCUGUGUGUUCUACAAGUUACCAGCUAUGGUUACAUAGAUUCAAUGUGAUGACAAGGUGUUUAAUUGUCCUUUGUUCUGUUUACCUUUAGUGAGAAAUAUGUGUAAAAUGUUACAGUUACUUUCAAAAUCAUUCCACGUGCAUCUCGCAUUGCGACAAAGAAUUGAUUGGUUUCAAAAACAUGUAUUUUACAGUGAUUUUGCUCAGAGAACAUUUGGACCUUAACAUUAAGGAUGAAUGUGUUCUACUAUGUAAAUAAAGCAACAAUUGGUCCUCACUUAUCCUGCCAACAGCCAAUAGAAAGGAGGCUUCAGAACUAGUGUGAGCCAGGAGUUUCCUACUGAACCCUAUGUUCCUC